AUGGAGACCGGUCGUGUCCUGGGAGCUGGGGCCGUGCUGGUGGCGCUGGUGGGGCUGGGAGCCCACCCGGCUUGUGGUGAGAGGACCUCACGUGAGCUCGGACCCACGGCGUGGGGAGGGUGUUGGUGGGGAUGGAUUCACAACCGGGAGCAGUACACGCACUUCGACAGCGAUGUGGGGCACUAUGUGGGUGACACCCCCCGGGGUGAGUCUACUGCCAAGUACUUCAACAGCCAGCCGGGCAUACUGGAGCAGAAACGGGCUGAGGUGGACACGGUCUGCCGGCACAACUACGGGGUGUUGACCCCUUUCCUUGUGGAGAGGAAAGUGAAGCCCAAGGUGGAAAUCUACCCCGUGCAGUCGAGCUCCCUGGCGCAGACCAACAGGCUGGUUUGCGCCGUGAUGGAUUUCUACCCCGCGGAGAUGGAGGUGAAGUGGUUCAAGAACGGGCAGGAGGAGGUGGAGCACGUGGUGUCCACGGACGUGAUCCAGAACGGCGACUGGACCUACCAGGUGCUGGUGAUGCUGGAAACCACCCCGCAGCUUUACGCGUGCCAGGUGGAGCCCGUCAGCCUGGAGCACCCCGUCAGCCAGCACUGGGAGUUGCAGUCGGACGCCGCCAGGAGCAAGAUGCUGACGGGGGUGGGGGGCUUUGUGCUGGGGCUCAUCUUCCUGGCGC